AUGCCUAUUCUCUCCAGAGGCAGUGACCAAGACUAUAGCAACAUUAGCUACAACUCCUGCAAUUCCUUGAGCCACCUCCUUCCCAUCUGCGUGGAAACCCCUUCUGUCAAGGGGGUCCAUUACCAGAGAGCCAGGAGGAUUUACCACCCUGACCAAGUGUCUGCAGUGGAUCUAAAGACAGAGAUCAUGAUCAACGUUGGAGGCAUCAAGUACCUGCUGCCUUGGAGUACUCUGGACGAGUUUCCCCUGACCAGACUGAGCAAACUAAAGCUUUGCAGCAGCUACGAGGAAAUCAUCCAGCUGUGUGACGAUUAUGAUGAAGACACCCACGAGUUCUUCUUUGACAGGAACCCCAACGCUUUCGGGAUGAUUGUCAGCUUCCUCGCCGCGGGGAAGCUGAUGCUCUUGAGAGACAUGUGUGCCUUGUCUUUCCAGGAGGAGCUGAGGUACUGGGGCAUUGAGGAAUCCAACCUGGAGAACUGCUGCUUUCGGAAACUGUUCCAGAAACUGCAGGAGCUGGCCGAGAUCCGCAAGGAAGAGGAGCUCCGGAGGAGCAAGGAGGCUUCGUGUGUCUUGGAUGAGAAAACCAGAUUUGGGCAGUUCAUGAACAGACUCAGAGAUAUGGUGGAGAAUCCCCAGUCAGGACUGCCAGGCAAAGUCUUUGCUUGUCUCUCCAUCCUCUUUGUGGCCACCACAGCUAUCAGCCUUUGUGUGAGCACAAUGCCAGACUUAAGAGCUGAAGAAGACAGGGGUGAGUGUUCCCAGAAGUGCUAUUACAUCUUUGUCAUCGAGACCAUCUGCGUGGCUUGGUUCUCCCUGGAGUUCUGCCUCCGCUUCAUCCAGGCCAGGAGCAAGUGUCAGUUCUUCAAAGGCCCCCUGAACAUCAUUGACUUCGUGGCCAUCUCCCCUUACUACGCCUCCCUCAUCUUCUCGGAGGACGACGCCGGCGAGGAGGAGGACCGGCCGAGCAGCAGCAGCACGUACCUGGAGAAGGUGGGGCUGGUGCUGCGGGUUCUACGUGCCUUGAGGAUCCUGUACGUGAUGCGGCUGGCGCGGCACUCGCUGGGGCUGCAGACGCUGGGGCUCACCGUGCGCAAGUGCACCAGGGAGUUCGGGCUGCUGCUGCUCUUCCUCUGCGUGGCUGUCACCCUCUUCUCGCCGCUGGUGUACCUGGCUGAGAACGAGUCGGGCAGGGUGCUGGAGUUCACCAGCAUCCCCGCCUCUUACUGGUGGGCCAUCAUCUCCAUGACCACCGUGGGUUACGGGGACAUGGUGCCACGCAGCGUGCCGGGGCAGAUGGUGGCUCUGAGCAGCAUCCUCAGCGGGAUCCUCAUCAUGUCUUUCCCUGCAACCUCCAUUUUCCACACCUUCUCCCACUCCUACUCCGAGCUGCGCAAGGAGCAGGAGCGGCUGCAGUCGCGGCUGAGCCGAGCCAAGAGCGGCAACCGCGCCGGGGAAAGCGACACCUUCAAUGAGACUGACAGCCUGGUCCUGGAAGGACAGACAUCCCCCAUCAAAUACAUCUACACAGGCAACUGA